AUGAGUUUCAAAGUCAAUUUCAACGCGCACGGCAAGGAUCUCGAAGCAGCAUAUCAGGCUGUUUUGAACAACAAUGACCCCACAAACUGGCUCAUCUAUUCCUACGACAAAGGCACCAGCGACCUUCGUGUUCAAGCAACGGGUGAGGACGGUCUCGAAGAGUUGACCGAAGAAUUUGCCGACGGCAAAAUUCAGUUUGCUUACACUCGCGUCAUUGACCCCAAUACGGAGUUGCCAAAGUUUGUCUUUAUUGCUUGGUGUGGCAGUGGCGUUCCUGAGACCCGCAAAGCUUUCUUUAAUAACCACAUGAAUGAUGUAUCCAAGUUCUUUAAGAGUUUCCAUGUGCAAAUUAAUGCUCGUGAUGAGGCCGAUGUGGAACCUGAGCUUAUCAUGAAGCGAGUCAGUGAAUCUUCGGGAGCCAAAUACAGUGUGCAUAAAGAGCAAAGCAAACCGCAGCCAGCAGUGACACCCGUGGGUUCCGUUUAUCAAAAGACGCAGAUUCCUGAUAUUGCAUCCAUGCAAAAGGAAGCCAUGACCAGAGACAACAUGCCUGCUCCCGUGGGAACUAACUAUACACCGGUGCAAACGGCACCCAAGCGUCUUACCACUCGAUGGGGUUCACAGGCCCAGGAUUCCGGUGCUGCGGCGGUACGAGCGGAACGUGAGAAAGCAGAACGAGAAGUACGUGAACGUGAAGAACAAGCGGCUCGCGUUCAACAACAACGCGAUAUGGCUAGCGAUCAGCAGCGACAACAGCAGAUGGAAGCGGAAAAUCAACGUCGUCAGCAGGAAGAAGCAGCACGUCGCGAACAAGAAGACGCUGCACGCCGUGACCAAGAAGAAGCGGAACGCCGUCGUCAACAGGAGCAGGAAGAACAGGAAAGACAGCAACGUGCAAAUGAAGAGGAGCAACGACGAGCUGAAGAAGCCGCAAGACAGGAAGAGCAUCGACGUCGACAACAACAAGAAGAAGAAGACGCACGACGACGUCAACAGGAGGAAGACGAGGCACGUCGUCUCCAGCAGCAACAAGAGGAAGACCAAAGACGGGAAGAAGAGGAACGGUUGCAACGCGAAGCUGAACGUCAACAGCAGGAGCAACAAUCAUUGCAAAGCCAGUUGGAUGACACGGCGGAUCGUGCGGUUCAUAAAGCGGCCAACGUGGCUGCAGAUGCUUCAAUGGCCCAGCAUGGUCAAGGUUUAUGUGCCGUUGUGUUGUUUGGUUACGAAGCGGGCGAAUCCAAUGAAAUGUCAUUGAUGGAAGGCGAAGUGGUCACUCAGAUUGAUCAAGUCGAUGAAGGAUGGUGGUUUGGUGUCAGUGAGGAUAAUACCAAGCAAGGCCUGUUCCCAGCCAAUUAUGUCCAACUCUUGGAAGAAGCUGAACAACCACCCCAGCAACAGCAACAACAACAUCAAGAACCAGAGGCUGCUCCUCCUGCCCCACCUGCGCCCGCUCCACCGGCUGCGCCUGCCGCUCCUCCCGCACCCACUCCUCCAGCGGCUGCUCCCAGUACUCCUGCUAAGGAAGAUUUUGGGCAAACCGCGGUGGGACUCUAUGAUUACGAGGCCGGCGAAGAUAACGAGAUCUCUUUUAGAGAGAAUGAAGUGAUCACACACAUCGAAUUCGUCAGUGAAGAUUGGUGGCAAGGCGUGGCUCCCGAUGGUAAAUCCGUUGGCUUAUUCCCAGCAAACUAUGUACAAUUACAACAAUAA